AUGGGGCCCCUUUUGCGGCGUUUGCUGCGCCGGGGGGGCCCCCUAGGGGCCCCACAGGGGCCCCCCUUGGGGGGCCCCCAAGGGGCCCCUAACUUCAGUGUUGAAGUUUACCUUACGGACAUCGACCUCGAGGCCCUUCAGCUGUGCCGCCGAACGCAGCAGCUAGACGAGUUCCUCUUGGCGGAAUCCCCUGGGGCCCCCCCUGGGGGCCCCCCUGGGGGCCCUCAGGUCGAGGGCUAUGGGGCCCCUACGACGCCCACAGGGUCGCCCGCUGCCCCUGCAUGCGCCCAAGAUGAGGGGCCCCCCGUGGGGGGCCCCCCUGUCAAGGUUUUUGUAAGGCGACUGGACUGGACCCAGGGGGGCCCCUGGGGCCCCCUGCUGGCAAAGAGUACCUCAACAGGGUACCAGGAGGGGCCCCCUAGUGCAGGGCACUCUUUACCCAAUUCUGCGAAUGUAGAAGGCUCGGGGCUUUCUGGGGGUGACCAGGGGCCCCCAGGGGGGCCCCUGGGGGCCCCCCAGGGGGGCCCUCCAGGGGCCCCCAGGGGGGCCCCCCUGGGGGGGCCCCCCGGGGGGGCCCCAGAAGCAGAUGAGUUCAGCUGGAGUCAAGAAGAAUUAGAAACCCUAGUCUGGGGGCAGGGGCCCCCAGGGGGGCCCCUGGGGGCCCCCCAGGGGGGCCCUCCAGGGGCCCCCAGGGGGGCCCCCCUGGGGGGGCCCCCCGGGGGGGCCCCAGAAGCAGAUGAGUUCAGCUGGAGUCAAGAAGAAUUAGAAACCCUAGGAGCUAAAGGAGCUGUGGAUCUCGUGUUGGCUUGUGAUGUGGUUUACGACUUUGACUUGAACUGGCGGCUGGCGCUUUUGCUGCAGCAGCUGCUGCAGCAAAACCCUUGCUGCUGCUGCCUCGUGAGCCACAGCAGGAGGCUGGGCUUUGUGUGUGCUUCUUCUUUUGCUGCUGUUGAUGUUUUUGCUGAGGACUUCUGGGAUCGCUUUUGCUGCUUCCAAGACGAUCCCAGCCCCCCCCUCAGCAGCAGCAUCUUCCAGCUGUACGUACACCCCACGCCUGCAUGCAGCCUUUGCUGCGCUGCAGCAGCAGCUCCAAAGACACUCAAAGCAGCUCUGGCUCUCACGGGGGGGCCCCCCGGGGCCCCCGGGGCCCCCCGCCAAACGGGGUCCGGGGGCCCCUCGGGGCCCCCACGACCUGAGGGGCCCCUUCAAGAGGAGGGGCCCCCUGAAGGAGAGGGGCCCCCUGAAGGGGAGGGGCCCCCUGAAGAAGGGGGGGCCUCUGAAGGGGAGGGGCCCCCUGAGUGGGGGGCCCCCAUAGAGGAGAGGGGCCCCCUUGAACUUGGGGCUGCUGCAGAAGGCCAGCAGUUUGCUGUGAUGCCUUGGGAGGCAGAAGAGGGGGCAGCGCACGGGGAGGUGUGGCAAUUGAGCCUGAGAAGGCCGUUUUAG